GAAGACACAGCGUUGAUUUAUAUACCUCUUUAUCAAGUUAAAACUGCUGAAAAGAAUCCACCAAAUACGUAUUUGUACGUAUUGAAAAAAACCUCAGAUAAAAUCCGAAAGCAAGAGAAAUAUUCUUUGAAAACCAAACAAAUAUGUGACUUUUACAUAUUCCAAAAACAAGGAUAAGAAGAGACAUAUUAAAUUUAGUCUGAUACAAUCGAAGAUAAAUUUGAUUGAAGAGAAGAUUAAUAAUUUGGAUCAAUUACCUGAAGUGAAACAAAAGAGAAGAUUAAUAGGGGAUUUACGGGAAUUCAAGACACGACAAGAACAUCAUGGGGUUUAUAAAUUCUUCGCUGUUAGUUAAAGUUGCCCUUGGAGCCUGUAUCGCAUCAUUCCUGUUCCAUCUGAUUAGUUUUACAACGCCAUAUUGGUUUGAGCAAGGUGGAUCCAACUCGGGACUUUUUCGAUCAUGUCCUUCUGGAGUCUGCGUAGAUAUUCCUGAAGCAUCCAAGAGCGACAAGCUGAAGGCGACGAUAGCGAUGGAACUGCUGGCCUUCCUGGUCGGGGUGGCCUGCCUCGUGUUGAUGAUCUGCCACCUGCUCGUUGAAUCUCUGGCCACCAAACUCAUCAUGAUCAUCUGCAUGAUUCUCGCUUUCGUCACAGCGUUCCUCAUUUUACUGGGAGUGAUCGUUUUCGCCGCAGCCAACAACCAAAGCGUCGUCACGAUCGACUACGGCUGGUCGUUCGCGUUGGAGAUCAUUGCAGCAAUAAUGUAUAUCGCUACUGGCGCCGUCUUCGUCGUCGACAUCGUCACAGGGUCGUAA